CAUUCUUGGUCAACCCUCGCGCAGUUCUCAGCCUAGUGCCCGCCAGUCACGUUGACCGUCCACUCCGUCCGACGCGAUCGAGUGUUCUGAAGCUGAAUCGGGCUUGAAUUUGGAGCCGCAUUUGAAGCUACAUUUAGCGGUGUCCACGGCCAAGCUCAAUCCCCCNCCCACCCCUAGCGUUUAGAUCUGGGUAGUGGCGAUCCAAAAGAGCAGAGGCUGCAGCAGACCCAGGAGGAAGGAUUGAGUGUUCCCCAAACCGCAGAGAGACAGAGAAGCCAGCCAGGAAUCCAGGAAGCAGAAGCCAAAGCUGAAGCGUAUCGAAGUGAAGAUUUUAAGCACGUUCAUGUCCAGAGGAAAGGUCCCGCCCAUCAGACCGGCAUCGCGUUAGUCCGCGAUUAAUUGAGUAUUCAUUCACAUCCACUCCAGCCAACCAUUCAUUCAUACAUUCCUUUAGAGGUGGUCGAGUGCGAGGCAGAAACAAAAGCUUGGAGAACUCUUCGUUCUCUGCCGUGAGACAGACCAACAGACAGACCAACAGACAGUCCAACAGAGCUCAUUUGAGGGAGUAGCGCACGAGGUCCAAGGAAAGAGAGAAAGAAAGAAAGAAAGAAAAAGGAAAGAAGGUGAGACAGCAGCAGCAGCAUCUGGCAAGCAGGCAGGCAGGCAGGCAUCAUGAGUAAUCCGGAGGAAGGAAAUCAAACGGAGGCGGGGCAGACCACUCAAGAAGCAGAACAACAACGACAACAGGAGGACGAGAAUCAGACAGCCAUGCAUCAAGCGGCAGAUGGAGAAGGAGCAGGGGAAGCGGGGACGGAGUCGCAACCGGCUCAGCAGGACGAAAGUGAGCAAGAGGGUGGUGAUCAUCCGCCCACGGAUUCGGUUGACAAAAGGUCAGCCAAUGGCCACGAUCAAACCAAUUCCGGCGGACGAUCCGAAGAUGAGGAACCCGAGCAAAAACGCAAACUCUUUCUGGGCGGAUUAGAUUAUGGUACCCGCGAAGAGGCCUUGCGCGAAUAUUUCGCCACCUUCGGCACGUUGAAAGAUGUGGUGGUUAUGCGUUUUCCCGAUACCAAGCGAUCCCGUGGCUUCGGGUUUGUGACGUUCGCCUCCAGCCAAGAAGCCAACCAAUGCUUUCAGGCCAAACCCCAUACCAUCGAUGGAGUUGUCAUCGAAACGAAACGGGCCACACCACGCGAAGAGGCCAGUGGACCCGGCGCUGGACGAAGAGGUCGCCGACACGAAGAUGAGGAUGACGAAGGCAUGGACGGAGAUCAACGGCCGCCGGGCAAAGAGCCAGAAUGCCAGCGGAAGCUUUUUAUCGGCGGAUUGGAUUAUGGCACUUCGGAUGAAGGAUUGAAGGACUACUUCAGCCAAUUUGGCCAGAUUGUCGAUUCCGUGGUCAUGAAGUUCCGGGACACGAAACGUUCUCGCGGUUUCGGUUUUGUGACCUACGCCACCGCCGCCAUGGUCGACGAGUGUCAGGCCCAACGACCACAUACUCUGGAUGGUACCAAAAUUGAGGUCAAGCGAGCCACUCCUCGUGAAGAAGUCGACCGAGGGGAUGACGGCCAAACCGUUAACAAGGUCUUUGUGGGUGGUUUGAGCGACGCCAUCACCGAUGACGUGCUCCGUGAAUACUUCGGGCAGUUUGGCCAUGUCAUUUCGGCUGAGCAUCGCGUGGUCAAAUCGACUGGCAAAAAACGCGGCUUUGGCUUUGUAGAAUUCGACGACUACGAUCCAGUAGACAAGCUUCUUCUCAAGUCGCGGCACAUGCUCAAAGGUCGACGUCUUGACGUAAAGCGGGCCGUUAGCAAAUCCGAGAUGCACAUGCGCGAUGAGCCCCCCCGAGGCGAACGAGACGACUACCGAUACCCUCGAGACCGGCCGCCCGCGCCUUGGGCCGGACAAAGGCACCACGGUUAUGAGAGCCGUGGAGGCUAUUCCCGGGGCGGUGGGGACAGAGAUAGCUUUGCUCCCGGUCCCUUUGGGCCGCGUGAGGUUAGCAGUCCUUGGGAUCGACCCGCCCGAGCCCAACCCAGCCCUUGGCAAUCAGCAGGAGGAGGUAGUGCUGGAGGAGGAGGAGGAGGAGGAAACUCUUGGGAAAGUCAGGCUGUUGGUUGGGGUCAGCCCGCUGCCACGCCAUGGAUGGACGAUGGUUACGGCGCACCUCGUGAAGCUAGAGGAGGAGGAAGUUCUUAUGGCGGCGGUGGGUCGGCCUACGGAGGAGGAGGUUCUACGUACGGAGGAGGUUCUUCGUAUGGUGCAGGCUCUUCUUAUGGUGGAGGAAGUUAUGGCGAUUCAAUGGCAGGCGGCGCUAGUAGAGAUGCUGGAGGUCCGAUGCGAAAUAGCUUCGGUUCUUAUUACAAUCGUAAUGCUGCACCCUAUGACAGAAAUGGUCGUGGAGGAUCUAGACCUGCAGCUCCCGUUGAAGGUGGAGGAUACGGAUACAUGAGUGGAGGUUCGGGUGGAGGUGCUGGUGGGGGUGGUGCACGUUGGUAGACACUCAAAAUUGAAUCAUGAAUGCAUUUGUGGUCUGUGUUUUCUUCUCUAAGUAAUAAAGCCCAAAACUCGGCACUGCUGUGUCGUACGAAACGUUUGCCUCUUAUAAAUAUGGUGUGUACCUUUUGAUUUCAAG